AUGAAUCUGACGUGUAAUAACACGUUGGAGCAUCUCAUUAUUGAACCCGGCUCCGAAAUCGAAAUCGUCGGUCACCUCACCUUCCACGAGCUCGCCCGCAUCAUUGGCGCAGCAUGCGCUCUCAUUGCCGUCCUUCUCAGCUUAUACCUCGCCUGGAUGCACGCCCUCCACUAUACCAAACCCCGUGAGCAGCGAUACAUCAUCCGUAUCCUCUUCAUGGUCCCCAUCUACGCCAUUGCAUCCUUCCUCCAGAUACAGUGGUACCGACACGCCAUCUACUUUCAGGUUAUUUCCGAUUGCUACGAGGCAUUUGCCAUUGCUUCCUUCUUUGCUCUGCUCUGCCACUAUGUCGCUCCCGACCUGCACUCUCAGAAAGAGUUCUUCCGCGAAAUGCGCCCCGUCAAGCCCUGGGUCAUGCCAGUCAACUGGUUUGCCGCCUGCUGCGGCGGUCAGCGCGGUCCCUGGCGCACCCCCAAGAGCGGCCUCACCUGGUUCAACAUCAACUGGAUUGGUGUCUACCAGUACUGCUUUGUCCGUGUCGCCAUGACCAUUUCCGCCGUCGUCUCCCAGUACUUUGAAAAGUACUGCGAAAGCUCCAACAGCCCCGUCUUUGGGCACAUCUGGAUCAUUGUCCUCAAUGCGCUGGCCGUCACUGUUGCCAUGUUCUGCCUGAUUCAGGUCUACGUUCAGCUCAAGGAGGCCCUCAAAGACCAGAGCCUCCUCCUCAAGAUUGUUGCCAUCAAGCUCGUCAUCUUCCUGUCCUUCUGGCAGGCUUCUGCCAUUUCCGUCGGUACCUCGACUCUGCACAUUGUCCACCCCAACAAGGUGCUCGCCUAUCCCGAUAUCAAGGUUGGCAUCCCCGCCCUCCUACUCUGCGUUGAAAUGGCUGCAUUUGCUUUGCUCCAUCUCUGGGCAUUUCCUUACAAGCCCUACACCAAGUACGGUGCCAAGCCUCGCUUCUACCCAAGCCCGGAUCUGCGUAAGGGCGACAACAAGGCUGUCCCCAACGAGCUUGAGAACCACCAGGGCGGUGUCAUGGGCUUUGCUGCUAUUUGGGAUGCCAUGAACAUCUGGGACUUUAUCAAGGCUUUUGGCCGCGGUGUUCGCUGGCUCUUCUGCGGCGUCCGCCGACGCAAGGAAGACAUCAGCUACCGCCGUCAAGACGUUCACGACAUGGACAACCUCGACGAACACAAGCCCAGCACCUCUUCCUAUGACGCGUAUCGACCUGGCGCCAUCAUGGCGGAGCAGCCGGUCGGUGCGAGCCCAUAUACCAGCGAGAACACAUAUGGCACAGCGCCAGCCCGUCCACCUCGUCAAGGUGAUGUUGGCGUGGCUGUUUCGGGCGAGGAGAGUGCUGGCCUCAUGCAGCAUGCCCAAACAAACCCACAUUCACGUCCCAUGGGAGACGAUUCUCGAAACAGCUCGCCCCCCCGCACUCAAGUACACGAGCCGUAUCUGCAGUCCUAUGAGGGCGGUCACCGCUACAAUGAGAGCUCGAGGCCACAAGAACAUCCAUAUGCUCAGCGGCCCAGCGGGCAGCCGUCACCUUGGCAACAAGACCCGUACACCUCUCAGCAGCAGCAUCUGCAACAACAGCAACAUGUGCAACCGCAGCAGUAUGUGCAACCACAACAGCCCUUGCAACAGCAGCAGCCUCUGCAACAGCAGCAGCAAUACUACCCCCAAGGUGAAGAGCACGGCGUCAUUGGCCAGGCCAUGUGGGAGCCUCCUCACCAGGGCCGCUAA